AAAAUCACAUACCCCACCUCCCUUCAAUCGGGCCGACUCGGCAUGUGAACAGCGUCAAUCUCUUAACGGCCGCUUGGGCAAAAUUCACGGGAUACUCUUGUCAGCGGAUAGGCCGGCUCGAGUUUACUUUCUGUCACCAAGAAAAUGGCCCGGGAAAGAACAAGUUGCCGGUACUCCAUUCUACGCCAUUAAUAUUGUCCGGGUCGCACAACUAGCGCUGGCCGGACAAAUAGCUCGCUUCCGAAAUUGGUCGUCUUCAUACGUCAUUUGCUUCCACUCUGCGCUUUCGCUUCACCUCGUGCCUGGUUAUCCUCUUUACAACUUUCGCACCUUUCCUCGAACUUGCUACACAAAAAGCACUACUGACAAUAUGCUCUCGUUACAAAGAAUGUUGCAAAAAACGCUUCAUGGCACAUAGUCAUUGACCAUCCCAUCGGCUAGUGAACAAAGCAGUCGAUGUGAUGGCGUUCUUGGAAACCCGCCGCGGGAAUCAUGCUCGUAACCCGGAAGCGGUGCGAGUAUGCACAGAUCUAGAAUAUUAUAUAUGUCUCCCAUGCGAACCACGGCUCAGUCCUCUUUCACCUCAUCGACGUUUAUUCUCCCUUACUUCACCGCAUACCUUAUCCACGGCGGCCAUAGCAAAGGACGAUUCGGAUGGUUAACUCGACAUACUGGGAAGAAUGUUCUUCCGUUAGCACAUUUCCCACCAAUCCCGAUAUUACAGGAAUUGGCAAUCGAAUAGCACUGUAUACCUCCGCCAUCGUCACGUUUCUCGUCACCUACAAUUUUCCUGAAGAUUUGGAUAGCUAUCGAGAUGCAGUCCGGACGGCGCUUGUAACGUCGACAUCCCUAAUCGCGGCUGCCCUAUAUGCCCGCUAUACACCUCUUGGUCUCAGUCUAGUCGACGCGCAAAUCGUAACGAUGUUCAUGACCGCGGUCACGGCGUGCUCCUGGGCGGUGACCAAGCUUAACCUCGGGCUAACCACGCGGAUCGCGAUGCGACUCCACCUCAUCCUCUCCGGGGUGUUCGUUAUUUUGGUGUACUACGACGUGGAUCAUUUCGGCGGCACUGCAUAUCAACCUCAAUGUGGCGGCAACUCGGAGUUCUUCUUCGUCAUCUUCGGCCGCGCUAUCAGCGCAACUAAUCCCGUCUUACGCGUCUUCGCGCUUUUGCUAUAUAUCUUGAUGCUAGCUGAGUUCAUUUGGGCCGGAAGGGGACACUUUGUCCUCUCGGUGCUGGAUAUCACCAGCCGCAUCUGCUCCAGGGAACCAUUUCUGGGAGAAAUCCAAGCCCUUUUGUCGUACGUAGCGACGGGAAGCAAAGAGGGCGAGCAACCAGAAAAUCAAAGAUUUGUACUGCCCGCACUUGCCUCGCUGUUAGGCGUCAUCAUCGUCAUAUAUCUUAUUAUCACCGUUGAGAAAAUGCUGAGCUGGAAUGACUUGAACACGCUCACGGUUGUCGAGCAGUGGACCUUUGGUCAGACACUCGCCGUGCUCAAUCUGGGCGACCAGAUUAUCAGACUUGGCAUCAAGGUCAUCCGACGUCUGCGAGAUACUUGGCGGAAGUCGAACAAGGACAUAAACACAGACCGUGAUCAGGUCCUGUAGAAGGUGUGAAUGUUACCAGGGGACAAUGGAGACUAUUCGGCGAAACUGUACG